AUUCAUUAAAUCACUCAUGGGGCAUCCGCACCAUGAGUCCAUGUGAGGCAUGCAGCUGUCUUGCCGGCCGGCUGUCAUUCACUCAACACACACACCCACACCCACACUCACACUCAUUCGACAAACACAUCAGGGCAGGAUGAUGACAUACACACGCAGCGAGUCACAGUCGCGUACUCAUUACAGUCAGUCCAGCCACCGCACACACACUAACUUUGACGAAGAAACACACACACAUACACACACAGGGGCACCAGCAUUGUGCCGGCAGAUUAGCUGCACUCAGGCGUGGAGGCAAGGAAGCACACAGACAGACAGGCAGACAGACAGACGAGGGCGCAGAGAGGACGGCACAAAUAAAUGGAAGGCUAUAUCAGUGCAGCACAGAGGGAAAAGCACAUCUCCCUCCCAGCGUCCCUGACUACUGCACCACACUCAGCACUUCUAUCUCGUCAGCUAUGAACUCCUGCGACCCGCCCAACACAGCAUCGCCAUCACCAUCCCUCUCUCCCGUGUAGUCCUCAGGCACAUCCUCACUGUCGGUCCACUGAUAGCAGCUGCGGAUGUCGGCAGCAGGCGGGCCAUCGACAGUGCCGCUGUCACCCAACGACAGAAGCCCACCGAUGUACACAUUCCCACCCUCCACAUUCCCCUUCCUCCCCGCCACCUCCACCCACUGCCUAUAUUCUGGUAUCUCGAUCUUGGUCGGUUGGGGGAAGUGGCCGGCCAGUGAGAACCACCACACAUCACUGUCGUAGAAGUUGCUGCCAGUCGGGUCGUCGGGCUCCUUUAUGCCGGCACUGAUGAAGGCGCCGAACACAUACUGGUCCUUCUUGAUCACAAAGACGAGAGGCUUUGCGUCGCCCACAUUGUCCAGCAGGUCGCCAUAGGCAGUGCCGUGUACAGACGUCCUACACACACACACACACACAGACACAUAGACGGAAUGUGCCCAUUGGCUGUCACAUCAUCCCUGUUGGCAUGAUGUGUGUCUACCGGUAGAGUGAGGUGAGUGGUGUGGUGUCAUUGCCCCCCAGCAGGCCGACCAGCGCCUCAUACUCUGACGCAGACAGCGACGUGUUGGCAGGAGGGGACACCUGCAGGCCGCGCAAAGGUACCUGAACACAUCAAAGACAGCCAUGGACACCAGAGCAUUAGAUGAGUGGGUGAAUAGGUCACGGUGUGUGUGUGUAACAUACCUGUUGUGCGGGUGUUGCCUCUGUGCCAACACAAAUCCCCACCACACACAGAAUCAUCAUGAUAACAGCACUCCGCCAAGCAGCCAUCACGUGAAUGGGAGCAGAGAGAGAAGGGGACAGAGAGCCUUGUUGGUCAGAGGGAGGACGAGGCGGACAGACGAGAGAUGAGGUGAGAGGGACGAGGAAACUGACAGAUUGCCUCUCGUCGGCUGAUAGAUCUCACCGGGUGCGACAAUGAGAGCACUGGAUCCCGAUUGCCAAACGUGGCACAGGAACACAAAGGGGGGAAACUCUCCC